GUAAACGGUUUAAAGUUUUUCCCUUGCAUUUCUGCCUCACGUGUUUGGUUAAUUUGUUUUUUGUUAAUUAAGUGUGUGAAAAAUGCUGAUUUGGCACCUGCUGCUCUGGCCCACACUAAUAGCCAGUGCCCCCCCGCGGCCUCUGACCGACCAAAAGGCCGAGGUGGCCAAGCUGCGAGCCGAACUAGAAAAAGCUCUAGAACACGACAAUGGAGCACCACCAGGAGUGGUGGUGGCGCCCACGUGGACCCAGCAGGCAAGCCAACCACCGCCUGGAAAGGGUUCCAAGGUGGUGGUGGACCACAGCUCUCUGAGCAGCGCCUCCGCCAUUCGCCAGGAGAUUCAGCAGGCGGUGGCUCACCAGGGCCAAAACCAAGAGGUCCUCCAGCUGGAAGCUCUGCUGAAGGCCAGGGGCAGCAGCAAGGAGAGCCCGGCUCAGGUGUCCAAGUCCCGUAAGGAGCAGCUACUGGGCGCCACUGUACAGGAAGCCAAUGUGGUUGAGUCGCAUUCGACAUCGCAGAUCGUCGAUCUGGAGCAGCUACAGCGCCUGGAGCUGUCCAAGAGGCGCACCCGCGACAUGCUCAUUCUGGGUCGCAUUGAGGAGUUCCUCAACUAUAGCAUGCCGACGGACGUGGAUCGCUGGCUGACCCUGCAGGCCAACGGAAGCGUUUACCUAGUGGGUCAGCAGCGGGAGGGCCUCCUGGUUCUCUCAGAAGAUUUUACACCGUUGCAGCCCUAUGGCCACCCCUUUCCCAUGACCGCUAUCCUAGGAAUGGAUCGCUGGAACAGGAGACUGCGUAUGCAGGAGGGUUUGCUGGUGAUGGCUUCCCAAGAUCAGCUUAUCUGGCUGCGAUUGGAGCCCAGUCUAGGGCUGACACCCAUCUGGCACUGGUCGAUUGGCUCGAAUGUGACCGAGAUUAGAGCCUUCAACUUGGAGGGACAAGAUUACCUCGCUCUCGUUGCAAAUCACACGCUGAAUGUCUACGUUUAUGAUCUCGAGGCGGAGGAGUUCUGGAUCGCACAACGUGUGCAAAUGGCAGAAGCGAUCUCCAACCUGGCCGUUCUUGAUGCAGGAAGGGAACUGCUCCUGGCAGUGGGUCAGUGGGACGAGGUUCUAAUAUACGCCUGCAGCUCGAAGGGGCAACCGCUGCACCUGCGCCAACAAAUCAGUGCCCCCGAGGUGGCCGGCGUUACCGCCUUUCAAAUGGGCGGACGCAGCUAUCUGGCGCUGGGUGGAAUAUUGCCGCAGAUCCUGGUCUACGUGCAGGGCCAGCUUGUGCCGCGCACCAUUCUCGGCCAGAACUUUGGAUUCGUAGACCACUACCUCCCCAUUCCCGUGCGCAGCUACAGAGAUGACCUGCUCCUGCUCGUCCAGCAUCGAGUUGCCUUUGACACGCACUCACUGCUCGUCCUGGAGGUUUUGGUUUGGAACGGUGAGGCCUUCGAGGCGGGCUUGCCGCCACCUUGUGGUACUAGCUAUGGAGCGGGCUGCAUGCUGGAUCAGGAUCGUGAAGCUGGCAUUUCAGGAGCUGUCCUGGUCCGCCGCUUAAAUCAGCCGCCGCUGGUCCUGGUGCCCAGGAAAGAGGCUCCUACGGGCAUUUUUCGGCUAGAAACACAAUUGCUGGCAAGGAAUUCGGAGGCACAGGACCUGCUGGAGAUACGCCAGUUCAUGCAGGAUUGGGUGCACGAACAGGAGACGCUGAUCCAACUAGCUGAGCAGCUCUUGAUGGAGGAUAAACCGGAGAGCCAUCACCACGAGGAGCUAUCAACUCCACUGGUUGUUAGCGAGGGAGGCACCGUUGAGGAACUUUUUGUAAACGGAGCUCGUUGGACGGGAGCGGAUGCUGUUGUGGAUAUAAACUCGCUGCUCCAGCAGAUUCUUGUGUUGGACAGGGAAUUGGGUUCCAGGCGAUCGAAACGCCAGCCAGAGACGCUGUUCAACUUUCACUACGAGCAACUGGAGGUAGAAGACAUUGAAGCUGCGGAACUCAUCUUGGAGCAGCUCAACCAUGCGACGUUCUAUAUCAAAAAUGGCUCCCUGGACUUGCCGCUGGGAACGCUCAAUGUUGAGCAAUUGGAACUUCUGGAAGCCCCGAAAGUGGAGCUCGUUCCGGUCCAGAGUGCAGAAUCCCACGAAUCUCUGAAGUUGACUACGGACUUGGACUGCAUUUUUAUCAACGAAAUGGAGUGGGACAAGCUGCUCCAAGAUCUGGUGUGGCGCCAUCAGCCUCUCAAGCUUUCUCAGUUGCAUGUAGAGGGACCGGUUAUUUUCGAAGACGUACUGAACUUGCACUCCCUGAACGAUCUGAGCUUUCCAGGAGACUAUCUCUGGUCGCAGGGAAAUGAGACGAGUGUGGUUCAGGCACCGAAGGAGUUUACACAAACGCUUUCUGCCAAUGCCGUGGACACGUCGGGAACCAUCAACGCGGUUUAUCCGCAAGAUGUCAUCACACUCAGUGAUUCCCAGGAAUGGCCGGGAUUGGUAACCUUCUCUCAUUUGGAGGUUUCUGAGGAAUUGGAGCUCAAUGGCAGUGCCCAGGGAAGGCAGUUCGAGGAGGCACCUUUAAAUCCCACUCUGCUGGAGUCACGUGUCAUCAGUGCCGACUGCCAUUUCGAGCAGCUUCUUGUGCGCGGCCCUGUGCGGCUGCUUCAAAAAGUGGACAACGACAGCUUUGACUCUCUGCUAGGAGAUCUCGUCCAGCUCUCGCCGAACUCCGACCAAGAACUGCAGAUACGUGGACCCAAGAGCGUUGACCAGCUGCUUUUGCCAGUAGAUGCUCAUGUCGCAGAUGAUCAGCUAAGUGGAAUUUCGCUGAACGACUUUGUUACCAAGCACACGCCACAAACGCUUUCGAAUCUGACGCAACUCGGAGGGUAUGUUUACUUCCAUCGGCUGGAGCUUGGGAAAGAGUCUUCCUACGACGGCGUUCACCUGGAGGAACUACUCUCCAAAAGUGUACGACUAGAUGGGCCAAUUCCUCUAAGUUUUCCCCACACACGCCUUCGGUUUGUUGGGCAUGCCCCCAAUUUCUCCCGACUACAAGUUGAUAGCACCUUGAACGAGGUGCCGCUGUCAAGUGGCUACCAGCUGGUCCAUGAACCGCUUCAUCUGGCCAGAGCGAACUUUAGUCGUCUGGAGGCAGGGCAAGCGCAGGUUAACCACGAUGUCUCUGGUAGCGGACUCCUCAAUGGACGAAACCUGAGCAAUGUGCUACAGGAGCAACCUAGGACUUGGUCGGGUGAAGUGCACGUUCAGGAGCUCAUUCUUCCCCAGGGUGUGCAAGCGAACCAGCUGCAGGGCAUUAAGGCAGAACUGCUGCUGGAUUUUCUGCAGCAACUGGACGAGCUGCCGCUGCUGAUCCUUCAGGGUCGCAUCCAAGUUGAGCGCAUCGCCGUCAACGGUUCGGUGCACGUAGCCGAAACCUUGAACAUGCGAGCCUUCCACGAACUUCAGAGGCAAGUCGUUUGGUUGGAUAGGCAGAACGAACUGAGGACGCGUUGGACUCUGAAAGAAUCUCCUCAGUUCCAGCAGAACCUGCAGGUUCUGGGCAGCUUCAAUGAGCGCCUGCUCCCGGAACUGCUGAAUGACAUUGUGCCGCGCUCCGACGGGCACGAGGUGCUAAUCGAGGGCACCAAAAGCUUCCUGGCUCCCGUUUACAUAGAAGAACUUCAACUGGCUGCACUGAAUGGGAUUCCCUUCAAGCAUGUGGCCAACAAAUUAAACCCGCUGCACCUCACUGGAAAUGUCCGCAUUCAGGGACGCAUCUUUGUGGAGGAGCUGCAGCUGAAUGGUCAAAUAAACGGGGAUCUGGACUUCCCUGCUGACCUGGAGAGACUACUCCGCUGGGAUACAAGCGCGCGAGGCUUCGUGCAUCGGGGAGUCGUCGAACUUCCAAAAAAGGAGCUCCAAAGCCUAGUGGUUCUGGGCCACCUGAAGAAUGGCAGCCGUGAGCCCGUUCAGGAGCUCUUUGAUCAGCUAAUCUUCAAGCAGCAGCGUGGUAUACAUUUGCAUGGUCACAAAACGUUCACAGGCCGACUUCGCAUUGAAGAUGGAGCACACAUCACACGCUUCAAUGGACUCAACUUAGGACAGCUCCUGGAGAAUUUAAUUUAUAUAGAUUCACAGGGGGAGACGCUGUUGGAAACACCUGUUCGCUUUGCGGCUGAUGUUAAAAUGGAUCAUCUGGAGGCAGAUCGCCUUGUGCUGUCGGGAGAGCUGCUCAAUGGAUGCAAUGUGAGCCAGUGGCUUCGGGACACUAUUCGGGUCGAUCGCGAUCUCCAAGAGCCAAAGGUUGCGUUUGCAAGGGGAUCGCUGGACGGUAAUUUCUUGGAGGCGGAGGAGCUUAACCAAGUUAAUCUCUCACUGGUUGUCACCCGCUUCACGGAGCAGCACCUAAGUGAUCCCCUAGAGGCAGAUGAUUUGCUCCUAGAUGGGCAGCUGAUGGUGAGGGGCAAUGUAAAUGGUCAAAAUCUAUCCCAGGAGUAUGCCAACACUCUAAUGAUUAACCCUUCGGGAGAGCAGCAAGUGGAUACGCCCUUAUUGUUGUCUAGCAUUACUGUCAGCGAAUCCCUGGAGGUUACUGCUCCAGUUAAUGGUCUAAACCUAAGCGAUGUGGCCAUUUUGGGUGAAGAUCCACUGCGGCUGCAGUCGCCGCUGUACUUUGACACACUGCAUGCUCCGUUCUUAAGAGCGCAUCAGAACCUCAACGGAUUCGACUUUAAGGACUGGUACGAAGGAAGCCUAUGGGCAAGGGGUCGGGAGCAGCAGGAAAUUAGCGGAAACUGGCGCGUAAAGAAACUGCAGGUGAAGCAGGGCGACGAGCUGCGACCACGUCGACAAACUGCAGAAGAGAGCUACCGGGAGUUCUGCGAGGGUUUGGCCAGGAUGCUCCUGCCUUACAAAGUCCAGAAGCUGCAAAAGAGAUUCGAAUUGAAUCAGGAAAAGGAUCAGGAGAACAUUCGCCGAGUAUUCGAUUUGGAGGCACCCGGGGGUAUCAUUUACCUCUUGGUCAACCAGCAAGGCUGCUGGACCCGCAUCCAUCGCUGGAAUGGAUCGUUAUUCGAUCGAUCCGGAGCCUUCAAGAGCGGGCCCGUGGACGAGGCAGUUGCUUUAAGAGUGGGAAACACGAGCUCAAACCAGGAGUUUGCCUUUAUGACCAGCUACGAGUUGCAGGAUGAUCAGACCGAGCCGCGCUGGAAUUGCAGUGAAGGGAAGCCCAUUCUACUGAGCUGGAAACUAAACAAAACGAAGACCACUGAGCACAUGGAACUAUCAGCGGACACCUUAAGAAAUAUCAAAGAACAAUACGAGCAGCGCAAGAGCCAACCACUCCCCAAUCCCAGUUACCAGCAAGCUAUCAAGUAUCUGCAACGACCCACCAUCAAGUCUCUGCUCGGGUCAAAGUGGCAAGAGGCUAAACAGGAACUGAGUCCUUCGGAGAUGGCCAGAAUGCGAAGACGUCUGCUAGACACCUUGGAGUUCCGGUUGCAGACGGAGGUGAACAUUACUCAGCUUAGUAUUCCAGAAAGUGAUCUAUUCGACGAGCACUUGGUGGAGGAUUUCCUGGAGUUGAUGCGCCAGUUGCGAUCCUUGCGACGCCGUCUAGAUACAGAGACCCUUCCACUGCCAAACACGCCGGCCAGAGUUCUGGCCGCACGGAGUGCCCAGCUGAUCUGGCCAACGUUGCAGGAGUUGCGAGAGGUUUCAGCUUUGGAUGGAAACGCCUCUGGGUUCCAGGAGCAAGUUCUGGAGCAAACGCUGCUGGAUGUGCUCACGCUGGCCAACGAAGAAAAUGGCUUGGGGGAUGAUGAGAAGCUACAUGCUGUGAUUCAGAGAUUGAGAAACCUCAAAGCAGAGCUUCAUGGGCAGGAAGAUGACCACGAGGGACCUGCUGCCUCCUCCUCGGACAGGAAAGAGCAGUUUCUGCCUCUGCCAGCUGUCGACUGGAGACCCGUUCAAACACUUCGCCUUGCCGUGGGGCCAGCCAACCGUCCGCGACUUCUUUACGCCCGGCUGACCGUGGUGACACCAAGAGAUGAACCUCCGCCCACCACGCCCUCCACUGCUCCAGCCGCCCACAUCCAACUGCAUCACGCAAAUGGAUCGCUCUUUCAAUCGCUGGCAGGGGAGCAUGGAGCUCGCCAUCUGACAUCUUUGCGGGUACGAGAUGAGACACUGCUAGCGUUCGUGGAGGGCUGCUGCCGGAUAAGAGUUCUUAUCUAUCGCGGUGUGCAGGGAUUCGUGGACUUUGCGCGCUUUCGCGCAGCUGGCAAAGAGCUUAAGAAUGGAGAUGGGGAGGUCUUGCAGUUGCUAUCCCUACGCUUGCCGCUCAGUCGGCAGCCCGGAGCCAUGUACUUCUUGGCGGUGGUUCAAGCCCGACGCGUCACUUUCUACGAAGUUGUAGUAGCCGGAUUACUGGAACCGUGGCUGAAAUGCUCAUGAUUGAGGAGCUCGUUGGAUUGAAAUGUAUAUGUAAAGAAUUUCGUUGUUAAAAUGGAUGAUAGUGAGUAGCUUAUAGAUGUAGUUGGUUAUCUUUGUUAACUUUGUAUUAUUAUUAUAAUACUACAAUUAUCUUCGUAGUUGUAAAUAAAAGUUGGUUUGUUGAUGUUAUGUAAAAGUA